CCCAUUGACACGCAUUGCAAAAUAUUCAAUCAAAAUGUUCAUUCGUAUUUGGUGGCGGCAGAGACAGAGGCCAGGCGCCGAAAAAACUGGGCAGUACGACGACAAGCUUUCCCCGCGAAAAGCUGAAUUUGGAACCAUGAGUGACCACUACUACAACCCUGAAAGUCCCACUGGGGAUAUGGACAUCAGUUCAGAGUCUGGCUCUGAGAAUGAGACAGACAAAGAUGAUGUCCCCCCUCCCCCACCCCCUCCCAUUGUUGCCCAACUGCCGCGGAUAAAAGCCCUCGUCAACUACGACGUCGCCAACACCAGCGAAUCAUCCGACCUCAGCGAAGAGGAUGCCCAAACAGAGGUCAAGGUUCAAGGUUCAAAAGAACAGGAAGGCAAAGGGAAGAGCACAAAAUUUUCUCCACUGUUAGAAAACGGCGAAAAGCACGCGGAAGAAAUUGACUCAGGAACUACAGAUGAAGCUCGCGUGGAUAGAACUGCGAAGGGACCAGUAAGCGCAGAAAAGAACGCCAAGUUCGAGCCAGUACUGAUAUUCAAGGACAGAAACACAAUACAGAUCUCCAGGCCCAAAACGGAAACGAAAGAAUCCGCAUCUGCAUUCACAAAGCAGAUUGACGAUUCCACACUUGAUAGGAGUGACAAAGGGGUUUCUAAGGAAGAGGACACUAAUGAGGGUGCAGGGAAAUGGAGGCCAGUUGGCUGGUCGGCAUCACAAGCAAAUAAAACAUCGAAAGUCGAUGUCAAACCUGCUGUACAAACCAACAGAUUUCUUCCACUGAAGAAGACAUCUGUAGACUUCAUCCCCAUGAAGAAAACACCCAUAGAAGACACGUACGGUCUGGAUAUUUUCGAGCAGAGCCAGAAGCGUAAGGUAGGGAGAGGCAACAAGUCCGGAGCCAUCUCCUUCCAGUUGAGAAAGCCAGGCCUGGGGCAGAAACCGAGUAUCAAGUUCUUUGUGCCGAGGCAGCUGAAGGUUCGCAGUAGUUCAGAGAGUAGUCUGACGGCAGCGGUGUCUGCUGAAGGCCCCUCACCUCCACCGGACGAGACGUUACCACCCCUACCUAAGGAAGACGUGGUCAAGCCUCCUCUGCCUAAAAUGGAACGUGAAGCAAGCUCCAAAGCUCCACUGCCAGCUGUAGAACGUGAAGUAAAAGAAGACAAGCCACCGAUGUCAGUUAGUGUUACCACAGGUCCAGUUAGUUUAGAAGCUCAGACACCCACCCCAGAGAGCCGGCCCCCUGCACAAGUCGAUACAGUUGUCGAGAGAAGAGAUAGCAAAGAAAAAUCAAGAUGGACUUGUGAGGGAAAAGUUGCCUCUGAGGAAAGAACGCAGCCAAACGCACUAGUGGUCGAAAGGGGAGAUAGCAAGGAAACGUCAAGAUGGACUUGUGAGAAUAGGGAAGCCUCUGAAGAAAGAGUGCAGCCAAACGUACACGUAGGGUUACCUCAUGUGCCAAUGAAAUUGGAAGCCUUGCCUGCUAGUGACAUACCCAGAACAUUGCCAGUUAGCUCUAUACCACUGCCAUGUGUGGACCCUGCAGUUGAUUCUCGCUCAGUUUUAGCAAAAGAGGAGACAGAAAAACACAGAAACUCAGACCAAUCAGACAUGGAGCUUGGUUCAGACCAAUCCGACGAGGAUCGGGCCAAAUCGGCUGAAAGUUCGAGUUCCGAGGACGAUUCCGAUUCUGACACCGACACCAGAAGGAGAUUGCGCUCUGUCGUAACCGUGGUGGUCGCCAAGCAACAGACCUCGAGUCCGCCAAGCUCGAAAGAAAAGAAGCACGACAGUCCGUCGAGCGCGAAAGAACCUAAAGAAAAGAAACGGGACAGAGAGAGGAGGUCAGGUAGUAGGAAAGGCAGCUCCUCGAAAGACGAUGCUAAAUCGGACAGUCGCGAACGCUCCAGGACUAGAAGUCAGAGCGAAAGUUGCAGUACUAGAACCAGCCCUUAUCGCGAACAUUCACGACACAGAGAUAAAUCUAAGGCUAAGUUGGACUCGUCUGAGAUCAAAAAGGAACCUGAAACUUCAAGAAGACGAGAGAGCACAUCCGAGAAACGUAGGUCCUUCUCAGAAAGCAAACCCCUUGGGACAACUAAACAAGAAGAAUCAGGAACAGCUAAAAAAGAAGAAUCAAGCAAUGUAAAUAUUCCUCCUGUCAAACACGAACCUGUAGACUCAAUGGAUACCAAGGUGAGCGAAAGUUCAAGCUUUGCAGUAGAUAAAUCCAAAGUGAUCAGUUCAAAACUUUGCCUUGUUUCUCCAAAGGAAGAACAAAACAUUAAGGAGGAGACCAACAUAAGGCCGUCACCAACCGAGGCUGUGUUUGGGGAAACACUUGUGUCCUCUUCUUUGCGACAAGAGCCUAUAGAAAUCCCCCUUACACGCCUCCCAGAGCAACCAACACUCACAACAAACAGAAAGGAACUGAAAGAAGAAAACUUUGCCGGCAAACUGACUUCUCAGCCAGCCAUUGAAAUCUUUUCUACAAAGCACAGUGAAGCAAGAUUCGGUCCACACGUGAAGACAGAAGAUGACCGUGUUCCUGAGACUAAACACACAGUGUUGGAAAACCCCAUGUUGGACUCUGAAGAGCGCAAUACACAGCAUAAAGGUGAGAAGGACAAAGUAGUGUUACCUGUUCUGGUCAACUAUAGUUCACAGGAGGAAGAUGACAGUAGCCGUGCUACAAGUCCAACAGUGGAAGAAGGUAUCUCUGAAGAAAAAGAUGACAGUAAGACAGUUUCUUCUUCUCUAGAAGAAGAAGCAACAGUGGUUCAAGACAAGUUAAAAGGUUCCUUAGCAUCUGAUGUUGAGAUUAAUACAGUGUUCCACAAGGAAGACACAAUAACUGAUACUAUGGCUUCACAAUUCAGUGAGGUAGCACCAGAAUGCCAGCCUGCACUGGAAAAAGAAGGUGUGUGGCCAUUGGCUGAAGUAAAAUCAUGUGAUACCAAUAGGAACGAACCAUUACCAGCCAGAGGGGGUGUGGUGGAAGGACCAGAGGAAAUGGCUAUACCCGUAGUGUCAGGGACUGGUCGGAGGUACAAGAAAGGAACUCGCUGGGACUCAGACACCAGGGAAAAGGUACCGGUCGAGGUAAGCGAACAAUACGGAAUGGACAUGUCAGAAAGCCAUCUCGACAAAAGAACAACGCAAGAGCAACGCGUCUUGCAAACUGUUACCGGAGACGAAAACGAAAACGAUGGUGGAAGCACCCCUCUACGAGACGAGUACGAAGAUUUUGACUCUCCCUCUGAGCCUAUCGCUCCAGGAGUUUCAACCAAUGAGGAGAGGGGACGAUUUUUGAACACAGUCCACGGGAGGAGCGACGAAAGAGUUUCCAUCAUGGCGGCCACGUCCACCUCCUCCCACCCCCAUCACGACGAUGGUUCGUCCUACCGCUCUCACGCGAUUGGUUUGGAGCCAUCGCGACCUGGGGUCAUGCCCGCCGCCAUGUCCAACCCGUGGGACGAAUACGAAGACUGCGGGUUGUACGCUGACUUCUCGGGGCCCAGCAUGCUUCCCCGCGCCAGUUUAUCCGACAGCGCACCUCCCUGCGAUUCCUCAGCUUCUAAGGACCUCCUGUAUGACUCGAACUACGUGGAAAGCACACAGAGAACAGAAGCAGAUGCUUGGAAAGAGGAUGAAGUCAGUAACCUUGAUGCACAGAACAGCGCCAAUUCACAAGAUGUCACACAGUUCUCGGAGCAAAGCAGUCAAGAAGACUUGGAGUUGACUCCUAUAAGGAGAAGUGCGCGUCUUCGCUCCCAAGACUCAGACGUAAACAGUUCACCGUCUUUAAGUAAAGACAGCGCGGAGAGGCCACAGAGAAGGGUCAGUAUCGAACUUCCUCAAGAAUCUUCUUCAAAGACUACAGAAGAUGUCUUGAGUGAGGUACCAGCCGAGAAAGACGUUCCAGAGAAAGAGAAGAAGCCAGAAGAAAACCUUCGGCCACCGUUCUUUGAAGAGAUUACAGAGAAUCUUUACCUCAGUGAAAGGAAGAAGUCUAAGAUGAGAAAAGACAUCCGGCGCAUGCUGUGUGAGUGUGUAACAUCGGAGGAAGAACGGGAUGCUGGGAUAGCUGCAUGUGGGGAGGACUGUCUGAACAGACUGCUCAUGAUAGAAUGUGGUCCCCGGUGUCUAUGUGGAGAAUACUGCACCAACAAACGCUUCCAGAGGAAGGAGUGUUCCAGGGUCGAACCAUUCAACUGUGGGGACAAGGGGUGGGGACUCAGGGCAGCUGAGGACAUGAUAUCGAACCAGUUUGUGAUGGAGUAUGUGGGAGAAGUGCUGAACUUCAGCGAGUUCAAACAGAGAACUAAAGAGUACAACAGGCAGAAACAGCAUCACUUCUACUUCAUGGCACUCAAGAAUGAUGAGAUUAUCGAUGCGACUAAGAAAGGCAACGUGUCCAGGUUCAUCAACCAUAGCUGUGAUCCUAACUGUGAGACACAAAAGUGGACUGUGAAUGGGGUUUUGCGGGUAGGUUUUUUCACCAGAAGACCCAUAUGUGAGGGGGAGGAGCUUACCUUUGACUACAAGUUCCAAAGAUAUGGUAAGGAGGCCCAGAAGUGCUACUGUGGAGCUGCCAACUGUCGAGGUUACCUGGGGGGAAACAAAACUACUCCUGUCAGACAGAGGGCCAAGAAAAAAGUGGAGGACAACUUGUUGGAUGAAGAGAUAGACCAGAUGGCAGAAACCUGUGAGGAGGGACUGACAGAGACAGAGCAGGUGCUCUACCUCUCCAGACUAAUGGUACGGUCCGAGACCGUUCAGCAGAGGUUCACACUUCUCAACAUUCUCCUGGCCACUAAGAACCAGUCGUGCCUGAAGGCCUUCCUGCGGUACCACGGCCUGUCUCUCAUCUGGAGCUGGAUGGUCGACAUGACGGACAGCUCCGCUCAACGGGACCUGCAAGUCAAGGUCCUGCACUGCCUGAGCCACCUCCCCAUCACCAACCGCACCAUCCUGGACGAGUCAAAGGUCAUGGGCGUGGUGGAGCGCUGGGCCAAGCAGCUGGCCAAUCAGCAGCCAGCGGACGCCGACACGGAAUCCUCGAGCGGGGAGCCGCUGUCACGAUCAGCUACGCCGCUCACGCUCAGUCUGGCCUACAGGAACAGCCCCUCGGAGCUGCUGAAGUCAGAAAGCGAGAAGAACUCGGAAAGUGACAACGAGCGAACACCGGCGAAGCGGCGCCGAGUCCAACUCCUGGAAGACAUGGAGAACAUCAAAACCUCGGAAGACAAGGACGGAAACGACGUGAGUUGCUCCGCCCUGCCGGAAGAGACAGAAGAAAAGAAGCAGGAGGAGGAGGAGAAGAUGGAGAGAAUGACGGAGACGAGAAAGGAGGUCGCUGACACCAGUAGUGAUGCCAAGAAAGGAGCAAAGGAUUCUGGGGAGGGGGAGGAGGACUCUAAUGACACACGAGAAGCGGAAUCGGGCAGCAGCAGUGCAAAGCCUGCUGGGAAUGGUGAAGAAGAUGAGGAAAGUUCUGACUUGGAGAGCGAGCAGAGUCAGGAGCCAGAGCGGCCGGGUGGGAUCGCCGAGAUGGCCGCACAGCUGCUCGAGUCAUGGAGCUCACUCAAGGAAAUCUACCGAAUCCCCAAGAAAGAAAAAGAAAAGAGGGACUCUGACGUCGAAUCUGAGCCAGACAACGAGAGAGACAGGGAAAGACGCGACCGGGAAAGAGACAGGGAGAAAGACAGAAGGAGAGAUUUCAAGGAGGAGGAAAGAAGAGAGGAGCAUCCAUGGCGCAUGUCUGCUAAGAAACGUCCCCUUGAAGAACCAGACAGUCACUCCACACCGAUCAAGGCUCGCUGGAAGGAACUCAGGAAGAAACCACUAGACAGACCGAGGAGUCCACUGAUCAAACUUAGCAAAGAGGAGAGGAGAAGGCUGUUUGAAAAGAAGGUUGCAGAAGAAGAGGAGACCAAACAACGGGAACAGCAGGAGCUGUACAUGCACCAGCUUCAGGCACUACAGGCCCUGGGCACGUACGACCCUAACAUGGCGCAGGCUUUCCAACAGGACGGGGCGCCCAUGUUUCCCGCCGGGCCGCAGCACCCACCACCUGAUGUCGCCAUGGAAACCAGUCAUGUGAUCCCGGGACAACCUGUGGACAACCUGCCUCAGUACCCACCUCAGGAGUUCUUGGAUGACAGUCUAGGAGCAGACCCUAUGGACCAAAUGCGGUUGGAGACCAGCCUGAAUGUGUCGCACCUGUCAGGGCUAGAGGAUCCAGGCACCCCCACCUCAUCACUACCUACCACUCCUCAGCCUAUUCCUGUACUACAAGUGAGAGAACAGUUAUGUUUAGUAACCAAGGUGGUCUUGGGGUUAGAGUAA